AGCCUGUGGGCGGACCCCACGUGUGGCAACGGCUCGUGCGACCGCCCCUUCCAGUUCCCCGCGUUUGGCCGCUUUGGCUGCGAAGCAGACUGCGGCAUGUUCCCCAACCUCACCUCCGUGGUCAUCAGAUUCUCCUCCCACCUCGACACACAGCAGGCCAUUGACGAAUCUUGCUGGAACCUCUGCAUGGUCAAUCCGGUCUCCCUCUGCUGGUACGAGGCGUUUCAGGCGUUUCCGCGGGGUGAGGCGGAGCUAUCGGUGGCAGUGGACAUUCCGGACGGCGACUGGGUGGUGGUGCUCAACGCGCCCGCGGGGGGCGUUCGCGGCACCGUGAACGCACCGCCUCCUGGCACGCGCCGCUUCUCCGUCGUCGGCGCCACCUCCACUGUUGAGCUCGCCGCCUGGGGGUCCUGCGCGCUUGAUGAUGGCGUUCUGGCAGCCAAUCAGACAGCGCCACGUGGCGGCGCUACUGUUGCUGCGCCUGACAUCUGUCGCGAUACGUGUGCACGGCUGGUGGCCUGCCUGCCAGCAACCUGUGGGCGAGCAUUCACGGAGAGGGAGGUGGCAGGGGCGUUCCUGGACUGUGCGCGCAUGUGCAUCAUCGCACCCUCCUCCAUCACCACCUAUGCCGCCGCUCCCUGCCCCAUGCCGGAGAUUGCAUCAAUGUUUUCCAACACGCCAUGCAACGUUUCAGGCUCAGACGCAACGGGUCGUGUGUCUGGUGGCAACCGCCGCAAGGCGCUCUUCCGCUUCCACCACCCUCGCAGCUAUGAGCGCUGGCCCGCCUCAACUGCCCCUGGCCCGCAUGACACCCUCUCCCACCCCACUGCGGCUAAACAGAGACUGACAGUCCUGCAGGUGGCGGUGUCGCGCGCGCUCUUCACCAUGGCCAAGGACCGCUGCCUCGCAGGCCGAGCGCCGGGAGCAAGCAGGAAGCACGCGCAGGGAGGUCCUGGUAGCGUGAGUUGGAACAUGGUGGCGUGCCUGUGCACCAUACUGGGGGGGCCCUCCAAGACGCUGGACGAGUGUCGCCUCACGGAUGAAGCAGGGCAACGGGUGGAGUCUAUUCCGGACAUGUAUGUGUACCUGCGCUGCACGCAUGUGAGGGGCGGGCGCGUGAUCUCAUCGCAGCACAUGCGGCGCUUCGUGCAGACGGUGGCGGCGGCGCUGCGCUCCGUGACGCUCAUUUCGGAUGCGGCGGCUGCGCGCCUCAAAACGCUCAUGCACGCCUUCGAUGAUGCCAUCGUCACCUCCGACGCUGUCGGCUGCUCGCAAGAGAUGGACGACGAGUCCCCCGGCUCCUUCUCGUACAGGGGAUGA